CUCGCUUCGGAGCCGCGGACCCCGGGCCGCGAUGUGACCCGCCUGCCCCUGCCGCCCGCGCGGUGGGGCCUCCAGCGGAACCCGCUGGCACUAACCUCCUCGACUCAUGAGGAGCUAGUCACGCUCGCCGAGGCCGAGCUCCGCCGGCUGCUCGUCACGGACAACUAUGACUCCGUCAGCAACUUCAUCUCGCUGUUCGACGCGUUUGAGAAGCGGAAGGAGCCACUGUACGACGUGUAUGAAAGCUACAAGCCGCCGAUAAGAGCGAAGAAACACACAUGCGUCGGCUUAGGCUUCGAGUUGAUCAAGCGUUGGCGCGCUAUGGACCCGGAAUUCCCUGGCUUGGCUAAAGCGACCGCUCUACUUUCUUGCGAAGAGGCAGUAGUCGAUGUCCGGGGUUAUGUCACCAACGGGGACUGCCCGACGGCGGUGGUGGAGGCCGAGAAGGAACACGUGAUGGUGGGAGUCCAGGUCAGGGUGGACGGAAGACCGGGGCUGCUGCUGGCCGAUCCGGGGUACCACGUGCCGAGAGUCGUCACUGUCAUGCAGGAUGGGCUUUAUCCUCACACCGGCUGGUUCACCCAAACCGACGAUCAAUUUCUCAAAGAGUACAGCUACGCGUUCAGCCCCCACAACUCCAACUACGUGGAAUGGCGGGAGCGGACCACUCGGGACGGCAACGUGAAGCGCCAGACCUCGCUCGUUUACAGCGCGAGGCCGUAUCUGGAUGGCGUCAACGUUACCGAAAGGAGGAAUCUGGUCUACAACUUUAGGAGCCUCCUAACCCGCGACCAGAAAGGUCAGCUCGUAGCCGGACUGUACUUCCCCGUCGGCGCGCGCGGCAAAGACGCCUCCUUCACACUGUUCUUCGACACCGGGGCCGAGAAGCGGAAAACCAAACACAAGUUUAGCGUGUUCACAGACGAGAUUGAGGUGAGACAGAACAUGCUAUAAGCUAGGGUAUUCCCGGUGACACAAAACACGCCAGCUAGUAGUGCUGUACUUCCCCGUCGGCGCGCGGCAAAGACGCCUCCUUCACACUGUUCUUCGACACCGGGGCCGAGAAGCGGAAAACCAAACACAAGUUUAGCGUGUUCACAGACGAGAUUGAGGUGAGACAGAACAUGCUAUAAGCUAGGGUAUUCCCGGUGACACAAAACACGCCAGCUAGUAGUGCUGUACUUCCCCGUCGGCGCGCGGCAAAGACGCCUCCUUCACACUGUUCUUCGACACCGGGGCCGAGAAGCGGAAAACCAAACACAAGUUUAGCGUGUUCACAGACGAGAUUGAGGUGAGACAGAACAUGCUAUAAGCUAGGGUAUUCCCGGUGACACAAAACACGCCAGCUAGUAGUGCUGUACUUCCCCGUCGGCGCGCGGCAAAGACGCCUCCUUCACACUGUUCUUCGACACCGGGGCCGAGAAGCGGAAAACCAAACACAAGUUUAGCGUGUUCACAGACGAGAUUGAGAUCUCACAAACCCUCUCCGACGAGAUCGAACUCUGCAACAGCCAGAUGAACUACCCGCAAGGCGAACUCCGUCGCAUCCUCACCAAGCUCGCCAAGGUCGUCUCCCACCAGCCCUUCAUCGAGCAAAUGCUCGAGAUCAACGAGGACAUCUGCCGCAUCAGCCUCUGACGACAACAUGGCGUCCGCAACAUGGCCGACGCCUCAGACUAAAUAUCCAGCCAACAUGGCGUCCACAAGAUGGCCGACGCCAGACUAUAUCCCCCGCUUCUUUUUAGAUUAGUUCCUCUAUAUUUUAUAGGUAUAUUUAUUAUUGUAUUUUGAAGAUUCAUUUAAAUUUAAUGUAGAAUUUUGGUGAUGGGAUUAUUUUACAAUUUUAAAUUUUUACUUAUACUUUGUAGAUUAAAAUUUAUAUUAUUCAUUGGGAUUAAUGAAUAUUUUACUUGCUUUAGCAAUACAAUUUAUUUGACGGA